AUGCCUCUGUAUCCUUCACUUGAGCAAAUGAAGGUGAGCAGUCUUCUGGAGAGUCAAGGUGUUGGUGGGGGUGGCGUUGGUAGUGGCGUUGGUGGUGGUGGCGCCGGUGGUUAUAUGACUCCUUGGGAACCUCCAUAUGAUGAUGCAUCAGUAGCCAUGCAACCAGUGCAAUCACAUGCUGAUCUUCUUAGAAGUAUGGGUUAUGAGGCGGGCUCUUUUUAUUUUAACAAUCUUGGUGAACUGGUUCCUACUAAUCCCGCAGCGGCUUUUAAAAAUGAUGACUUUAGUCAGCCUGGUGCUGCUACAGACUGUGCAUCAAACUCCAUGGCAAUUUGUCCUGUUCCACCAAGUGGAACAUUGGCUCUUUUUCAACAUCAUGACAUUUUUGACAAAAUAGAAAUUAAAGCAGGCAUUCGACUUGUAACUCUUUGUAAAAAUGAUAAUGGUAAGGUUGGCAUUCAAUUGAAGGAUAUAGAAAAAGGUAUAUUCGUUUCUUUUGUGGAAGCAGGGUCACCAGCUGCACUGGCCGGUGUACGUUUCGGUGAUCAAGUCCUAGAGAUUAAUAAUAUUUUAGUAGCUGGUUAUACAGGAUCAAAAGCAAUGGAUUUGCUUAAAAAUUCUUCACCUAAUAAUAUCAGAUUAGCAAUUCGUGAUCGUCCAUUUGAACGUGUUGUCACGGUUCACAAAGAUGGUAUUGGUACUGUGGGUGUAGAAAUUCGUCAUGGAUUAAUUAAAGCCAUUGUUAAAGAUUCAAGUGCUGCACGUAAUGGCCUACUCACGAAUCAUCAUAUUAUUGAAGUCAAUGGUAAAAAUGUUGUUGGAUUAAAAGAUAAAGCGUUGACACAAAUAAUUGAUGAAUGUACUGGUGCAUUGAAAUUUACUAUUAUACCUAAAUCAUUUUAUGAAAAAUUAACUAAAAAUCUUUCAACUGGACAAUUACGCGUUCAAAUGGAUCGAUCUCUACCUAUC